AUGGAGAAGUUUCUUUAUGCUGUUAUGUUUUUCCUUGUUUCACAUGAUGUUUAUGGAUUUCCACUUUUUCCGUUGACUGGAUGGGCUCAUAUCAAUACGAGGUCGCACAGGAGUAUGGUAAAUUUAGGAAUUGGAAGGGCCGUAGGGCAGUUCCUAAACGACUAUAACUAUCUUGAAGAUAGUGUGCAUUGGAUGCUGGCAGUGGAUGUCUUUUUUGGAAACGACAGUGAUGGAAAAGAGAAAUAUUACGCUAGUGGUGAGGAAAUUUAUUCUUUUCUAGAAAAACAAGAACCACUUAAAGAGGCCUACAUACAUUGUAAUGGGGAACAGAUAUUAGAAGCACAUACAUUUUUAGUGUCACUACGGCAACAAAUGAAAGAGAUUGUUAAAGAACCAGAUUAUAGCACAUCUCUAUUGCGCGAAAAUGUAGGAAAAUCUUUAUACACCAUACAAGCGUUUUACAGCACAACCAACUGGGUUGAAAUGGAUAGAAAUAAAACCUACAGAGAGUUUGGUGUACCUGGCAAAACACUGAGCGAAGUAGCUGCUGGUGAUGUUGAUACAUGUUCGGACUGCGAUAACUCUGGAGACAACAAAAACUCUUGUAUAAACAAUUUACUUGUGACUGAUGUGUUAACGAGUGGAUACCAUAGUGAACAAGAUGCUGUUAGUCCUCAACGUAGUUCUAAAGACACUAAAGGAAAGUGUGGUUUUGGUGGAAGUUCCGAUACAAACAAUGGAGAAACAACUGCAUCCGGUGGAAUAAAUAAAGAUAGAGAUUAUCAAACAUAUUCUCCGCAUUAUCAGUUGCACUUAAAAGCAUAUUUUGCAGCCGUAGAAGCAACGUUUCAAUUUCUUAUCGACCCAGAAUCAUUAACUACAUUGGUUUUGAGAACAGAAAACGGACUUGAGAUGAUUUCAGCUCUUAGUAAUUUGACAGUAUCUGGUGGUGGUGAUUAUCCUGAAUGUUCAAUGAGUGGAUUGCGUAAAUGUAUAGAAGAAUGUCAAAAUCAUUCAACUGUAUUUGUUUUCACUGACGCUACCUCGAAGGACUAUCCAGAAUAUGAUGAUGUCAUAGCAAUAGCUUUAAGCAAAAAUAUAACUGUGGACUUUAUGUUGACUGGUGGAUGUUGCAGACGGAAACGAAAUACAUAUCGUCAAAAACGUCAGACAUUAAGCUCUGUUUAUGAUUUAAUUGCGACGGCUACCGGUGGCAACAUAUAUAGAAUAGAUGCAUCACAAAUUACAACAGUUUUGCAAGAAGCAACAGAGGAACGAUUCCCCUCUGCAACAGCUAUUAUAGAUGUUCUAUCUAUGAACACUAGUCAUAGCAACAACUUCCAAUUUGUAGCUGAUUCAUAUGUAAAGAAUAUAAAGAUUGUGAUAGCCGGAACAUCAAAUACAUCAGAUGUGGAUUUAUCAAACACUUCAGGGUCCUUAAUAGCAAAUGGUGAAGCCACUGUUUUGUCAGAGAUCCCAGAUAAAGUUGUAAUCACUGCCGUUGUAAGUUAA